AUGACAUGGCUCGGGCAUAGUUCGGGACGGGCUAGUCCGAGUGCCAAUUUUAGGCCAGGUUGCGUGCAACAUGGGCUGCCCCAGACCAUGGACAGCCCUAGUUCUCAAGUAGAGAUGUAUAGAUCAUCGAGCACCACAGCCCGAUUUUCUGACGAGUUCCUUGUCAACUUGUUGCCGGGUACAAACGGUUCUCCAUCACCAAAACCUCCGGUUUCCGAUGACUUGCCCACCUAUGAUCCCAUUUCUGAUGCCACCAAGAAGGAAAUCUCUUCCAAUCAUAAGUCAUUAGGACAGAAUGUUAUUCACCUUAUACCACUUGUUUUGAUUCUUUGUGCUCUAAUUCUUUGGCUCUCCUCUAAUCCGGCUACAAUGUGA